UUCUCCGUGCGCACCUGACACUGUGAUGUUAACGUCGUCAAAAAUGAAGAAAACGCUUAUCCUCGUUCUCUUUUAUACCGGACUGGCGGCUACGUCAGAUUUAUCGGGGUAUCAGCCCAGAGGAUGGCGUCCUAAUGGUCCGCGCUUUAAUCCCAAUAAUAAUCGAUUGCAUGCGUAUUACGGUGCUCCUGGACUACAAAGCUACGAACCCGCUAAUACCGCGACUACUCGUGACCCGUUAUCCACUUCCACAACCACAGUCACGACUACACCACGAACUGCCGUAACCGUAAAAACCACAACAGCCCGUAGCAGAGAACCGACGACUGAGCCCAACGAACAGCCCGAAGAUUUCGAUUCGAAUCCGGCUCUGGCUAUUGCGAAUUCCUUCGCAUUCAAUCGACCCAUAUACGUCUAUAAUACAUUUCCGUUCCUACCUGCUCAGAUCAUUGCGUAAUGAUGCAACGUGUAAAAUUUAAAUUAGAA